CCGCCCCGGCCAUGUCGGGCCUGGCGCGGGCCUUACGGCGGGCGGCGGCUCUCGGGCGGCUCCCCGCGCCAGGCAGAGAGGGCGACGGGGCCGGGGCGCGGCCCUGGGGCUGGGGGUUGGCUCUGGGGCUGGCGCUGGGGCUUCGGGCGGCGCCGGCGGGAGGGGAGUCAGAGAACGGGCGGGAGGAGAAGCAGCCGCCGACCCCGCGGGGCUUCGGCGCGGCCGUGGAGAGGAGCAGGGACCUGGUGCGGAGGAUCAAGGACGAAGCGGGAAUCCCAGGUAUUUUAGUUGGAGUUUCUGUAGAUGGAAAGGAAGUCUGGUCAGAAGGUUUGGGCUAUGCUGACGUAGAGAACCGUGUGGUGUGUAAGCCAGAGACCAUCAUGCGCAUCGCCAGUAUCAGCAAGUGUCUUACAAUGAUGGCUGUUGCUAAAUUGUGGGAAGAGGGGAAACUAGAUUUAGAUGCUCCAGUGCAGAAAUAUGUCCCUGAAUUUCCAGAAAAGGUCUAUGAGGGUGAAAAGGUCACUAUUACCACAAGACUGUUAGUUUCACACUUGAGUGGGAUUCGUCACUAUGAAAAAGAUAUUAAAAAAGUUAAAGAAGAAAAGGAAAAGGCAAACAGAGAACUUAAGCUAACAAAGUCCUGUCAGGAUAAAGAACAAAAAGAAAAAGAAGGUAAAGGGAUUGAAAAAACUGAUUGUGUCAAACAGAAGAAAGAACAUAAUAGUGAGACAAAAAUCCAGCAUUCAAAGCCUGGCAGGAACAACAAGGAAUUUGAACAGGAAGAGUAUUACUUGAAAGAAAAAUUUGAAAGUGUGAUUGAAUCACUGAAGAUAUUUAAAAAUGAUCCUUUAUUCUUUAAACCAGGUAGCCAGUUCUUGUACUCAACGUAUGGCUUUACUCUCUUAAGUGCUGUUGUGGAGAGAGCUUCAGGACAAAAAUUUACAGAUUAUAUGCUGAAAAUGUUUCGUGAUUUGGAUAUGCUGUCAACUGUCCUGGAUGACAAUGAAGCAAUGAUAUAUAACAGAGCAAGGUGUUACGUUUACAACAAAAAGGGACGGCUGGUAAAUGCACCGUAUGUGGACAACUCUUACAAGUGGGCAGGUGGUGGCUUUCUGUCCUCAGUAGGUGACCUCCUGAAAUUUGGAAAUGCCUUGUUGUACAGUUAUCAAGCCGGACAAUUUAAAAACAGGAAUUGCAAACUUCUUCCAGGGUACCUCAAGCCAGGCACGGUUGCAAUGAUGUGGACCCCAGUGCCAAAAACAGAAGUGUCGUGGGACAGGGAUGGUAAAUACGCCAUGGCUUGGGCUGUGGUAGAGAAAAACCAACAGUAUGGCUGCUGCAGACAGCAGAGACAUUAUGCAUCCCAUACUGGGGGGGCCGUGGGGGCCAGCAGUGUUCUCCUCAUUCUGCCUGAAGAGCUGGAUACUGAAGCUCUGGGCACUUGGCCAGUAGCACCCCCAAGAGGAGUCAUUGUCACUAUUAUCUGUAAUAUGCAGUCGGUUUCGCUCAACAGCACUGCCUUAAAGAUUGCAAGGGAAUUUGAUAAAGAAAAAUGGGCACAAUAUAUGGACUAAAAGAGAUAUAUGUGACUGAACUCAAUGUACUGAAAAACAAAGGGAGAAGGGUGUAAUUUGACUUCAAGUUCCUAAGAAUAUGGGAAGAAAAAGCAUUAAAAAAAAAAUCAGUUAACCUCUGCUAGUGGUGCUAAACUUACAUGUAACUGGAAUUAAUCUCUCAGGGAAGUUCUUAACUCACAGAAAAUGAGAAUGUAACAGUCAAAGGUGACUUUCUGUAGUACCUGCAUAAAACAUUAUUAUAUUAGCAGGUCAUUUUUAUCAACUAGUGAAACACCUGGCCAAGAUUAAAAAAAUUGGGUUUUUUUUUUUUUUCACUAAGUACAAAUUAUCUACCUUGAACAUUAAACUUUUGAAAAAUUUCACAUCUUGAUUUGAGCACACAAAUAUGUUGCUUGUUACUCGCACAGUUCCAGUCUGCCAAAAUUAUUCAGUAUUACUUUCUAAAGAAAAAAAUGUGUCACCAUUGCUUUUUGUUUUCACAUACCACUUCCCUUCUUUGCUUAAAAAAACAACAAAACCCAAACCUUGAAGCUACCUCCAAAACGCAGACUUAUACCAGAAGCAGGCUUUUAUCAGAGCUGUGGAUUAAUAGCUAGAAAAGAAUGAAUCUAGAGCCAAUGUAAGUGAAACUCUUUGUAAUUUAGAUGUUCUGUCAUCCAUUUUUAUUGGACACAGAGAAUGUGUGAAAUUAGUUUGCCGUGCAAUAAAGGUAUUAUUUCUAGAGUCAAACCCACCCAAAUAGCACAGCAUGGCAAGCUGUCAAACUGUCCCAUUUGAAUGAUCUACAUGAUAACUUGGUAGCCAGAAACAAUGCUGUAUUCCGUAGUGUAGAUAUUCCCUUGUAAACAGGAAUUAGGAAGUCAAAUAGCUCAAUGCAACUUAGAGCCCAUUCUUGAAGUCAGGAGUCAAAGUCUCACCAGUGGAACACAGCUACGGUGGCUGCAGCACAGCUCUAAGUGCUGCAUCCAGAGAUGGGGACACCUCCACCUCCCUGGGAACUCCUUCCAAUGCCUGACCACCCUUUCUGUGAAGAAAUUUUUCCUGUUGUCCAACCUGAACCUCACCUGGUACAGCUUGAGGCCAUGUCCUCUUGUCCAUUCACUUGUUCUCUGUGAAACGAGGUCAAACUCCCCUGGCUCUGAAGUGCAGAAUAAAAGGAACCCUAUAACUCGCAGAGUAGUUAUAAGAGCAGGUAUGAAUUCAUUCAGCGCUGAGGUGCAUGGGGAUAUCUCCUCCAAAAAGCAUGCACACCUUUUUGAUUUGGUUUUCCCUUUUUAUCCUUUACAGACCAGGUUUACACGAUACGCCUAAGACAUAUUAAUUUCCUAACCCCGCCUGUCUUCACUUCCUGUUACAAUUAGCCCAGUGCCCCUUUCAGUCCUUUGGUCGCUUUUUUUUUUUUUUUUUUGGGCUUUAAAUCUGUUUCUUCCGGCUUAGGGUUCGAGGAAUCUCCUUUAUCCUGUUGUGCCUUUGUCUUUUCAUCUCGCUUGUGUAUUCCAGCUCCUUAUCUCAUCUUGCACUCUGACUCUUUUUCCUGUUCUUGUGGAUUAGGGUGUCAGGGUCUGGUUUUUGUCAGACACCCCUUUUAGUUAAGUAUUUUUUUUUUAUUUUAUUUUUUUUUUAAUUCUUAAUUUCUUUGUUUCAGCUCCAGCCUCCUGUCAGGGAGCUGUAGAGAGUGAUAAGGUCACCCCUGAGCCUCCUUUUCUCCAGGCUUAACACUCCCAGCUCCUUCAGCUUCUCCUCAUCAGAUUUGUGCUCCAGACCCUUCCCCCAGAGAAGGCAGAAUGUCCACUGCCUUUCUCUGCAUGUUCCAGCUCCUCAAUGUUUUUCUUGAAGUGAGGGGCCCAGAGUUGGAUGUGAGACUAGAGGUGUGAGAUUUUCUAAUCUUCAGUUUUAUGAUGGGAAUAAAGUAGUAUCUGAAGUGUUCAUUUUACAUAUUUCACAAUGGCAUGGAAGAUCUUUGUGAUCUUGAAUUUCAAUUGAAUUGAUUUUAAUCUCAAAGAUUUACCCCCACCUCACUUGCCCUGCAGUUACGUUAGACAGUAUUUCCAGGCUGAGACAAAACAGAAGUAUCUUUCAGGAAAGGUUUCACUACUUCCUUUUCUGCACUGCUUAGCAGCUCUGCUUCUCUGAAUUUAAGGAGCAAGAUACCUUGGAUAGCAUCUAGCAGAAGACAACCAUGCUUUUAGUAUUAUCAUCAUAGUUGUUACCUGCCCUGUGAUCUACAUCAUGCUUCCAUCUCUGUUCCCACUAUGCCUAUGGUAAUAUUUAUUACCCAAGAAACUGGGAAAUUUAGUAUUUUGAGGAGUCAGUGUUUUACCUACAUUUUAAAUUGGAGCUAGUAAGACUAGUUUAGUAUACUCUUCAUAAUUACAAUCAUUGUUGUACCUUAAAAAUUAUUUGCUUGGAGUUUCUGGCCCACUCACCAAAAUUUCUCUUUUUUAUUCAUUAAUAAUGUAUUGUCUUUAUCUCAAGAAUAUCCAAUUAGUGAAAACAACAGAGAGAAUACUUCUGAACUAACUUUCAUUGGUCAGGCAAUAAAUUAUCUCCUCUUCUUCUGAA